GUUCAACAAAAAUUAUGUCAUUCAGAUUCUCUUUAUUCGUAUUAUCCUUUUUCAUGGAUAUUUCCAAAACAUUUUUGCUUUAUUCAAGGAAAUACAGAGGAAUUGACUUCUUUUUGAGAAACUGAUCCGUGAGGAUAUAAUCUCUUGAAGAAUAUAUAUACUAAAGCACCAUUUCAAAAUGUUUCAUGAGAAUCACUUUAAAAUAUUAUUUGGAAUGAAAGGGAACACAUUUUGAUUGCUUGAAAUUUUCUCUACUCUCUUUUAUGCUGCCUUUAAUUCAACUCAAAUGUUCAUUUUAAUCAAAACAAUAAUCAAAAGUGAAAAUGUAAUUAGGCCAUCACUAUUUCAGUGCAUGUAACCAGCAGUUCAAAUAAGUACAGGGUGUUCAUAAGCUUCAAGAAUUUGAUGAACUCCCUGUUUAUGUGCAAAUACAUGUAAUUAUCUGAUUAUAGUCUUACAGUUCAGUGGUGUACAUGUAAUUGUGUCUAAAUAUCAUAAAAUAUUCAAGCAUUUGGUUUAUUUAAAACAUUUUGGAAAAACAGACUGCAUUUUCACUUGGGAAGUCUUCAUAAAGAGAUUCAUUAAUGUUAAGUGUUCCAUUGACACAUUUUACAAUAAAUGCAUAUGUACUUUACAAGAAUGUAUUUGUACUGUACAAGAAUGUAAAUGUGCUGUACAAGAAUGAAUAUGUACAUGUACUGUAUAAGAAUGUAUAUGUACUAUACAAGAACGUAUAUGUACUCUACAAGAAUACAUGUAUCUAUGUUUUGUACAAGAAUGUAUAUGUACUGUACAAGAGUGUAUAUGCCCUGUACAAGAAUGUAUAUGUACUGUACAAGAAUAUAUAUGUACUGUACAAGAAUGUAUAUGUCCUGUACAAUAAUGUAUAUGCACUGUACAAGAAUAUAUAUGUACUGUACAAGAAUGUAUAUGUCCUGUACAAUAAUGUAUAUGCACUGUACAAGAAUAUAUAUGUACUGUACAAGAAUGCAUAUGUCCUAUACAAGAAUAUCUAUGUUCUGUACAAUAAUGUAUAUAUUCUGAACAAGAAUGUAUAUCGACUGUACAAGAAUGUACUUCUACUGUACAUGAAUGUAUAUCGACGGUAUAAGAAUGUAUAUGUACUGUACAAUAAUGUAUAUGUACUGUGCAAGAAUGUAUAUGCACUGUACAAGAAUGUAUAUGUGCUGUACAAAAAUGUAUAUGUUCUGUACAAUAAUGUAUAUGCACUGUAAAAGAAUAUAUAUUGUACUGUACAAAAAUGUACAAGUAUAUGUUCAGUACAAGAAUGUUUAUGUUCUGUACAAGAAUGCAUAUCAUCUGUACAAGAAAGUAUGUUAUGUACAAUAAUGUACAUCUUCUGUACAAGAAUGCAUAUCAUCUGUACAAGAAAGUAUGUUAUGUACAAUAAU